GUCUCUCUGGCGUCCCUCGGCGACCCCAGCCUCCACGAGGUCCAGGAGCGGAAGCAGCACCCGGACCUGGUCGCUGAGCGCCGCGUGGGCGAAUUUCUCUACCCUCAGCUGCAGCAGCUCCAGGGCAAGAUGUCCGCCGUGGAGAAGAGUCUGGCCCGUCAACGAGACGAAGUUGUACCAGACUUGGCGCGGCGGCUGGAGCAAGCCCGCCAGCAACAGGAGUCCUGGGCCCAGGAGCUGGGCGCCCCUCAGCAGGAGAAGGCCGCCCUUGCCAAGCGCCUGGGCGAGCAGCAGCAGCCCCGGCCUGCAGGCACCUUUGAAACAGCAGGCGGACCCCAUUGUGGGCCCACGGUGGUGGCGCAGCUUGUCAACGGCCUGGAGAAGUUGGUGGGCACCGAGGGCGACGGCGACGCGACCAUGGAGGGCGGCUCCGCCGAGCAGCUGCCCGCGCCCAUCGCCGCAGCGCCCAAGGGGCUCCUCAAGCUGGUCAGGGGUGCUGCCACUGGCGACGCGCCUGCGAACGAAGAAGCUGUGCCUGCACCACGUGACUCGGAAGAUGCCAAGCGCAAGCGCGACGAGCUCAUCGAACAGUUCGUGGCUGACCUACCCGGGGAGGAAAGGUCGGCGAACCGCAUUGCGAUGGGUUCCUUCUACGGCAAGCACAGCUGGGUGGCGCUGCCCAGGUUGGCGGCGUGCCCGUCAUCUCGGCGCAGGAGGAGGCCAAGCCCGAGAAGUGACUAA